CUAAGCAGCUACAAGAUGCGUACACCUCUGUUGGUAUCUUCGCUGUUGCUGCUUCUCUUCUGUCUUCUACGAGGCUGCAGCGGGGACAAUCCGCAAAUUGCAAAGCGAUAUGUGGUCGAUCUGGACAUGGAUCCGGAGAAGAGGUGGGAACAUGUGGUGAAGGACUACACAGCUCUAGUACCAAGUUUGAAGAAUGCUAUACUACAUUUCAUUCCUGAAGAUCUUGUGGGUGUGGCUGAGUAUAUUGGUUCAGCACUCGAUACGUAUUUGCCACAGCCAUAUGCUGCAGAGAUGAGAGGGAUUUCUAGUUCUUUCAAUAUCUCGUUGGGUGAAGUUGUGCUGCUCAACAUUGCAUAUGACUUUUCAGCGUUUUGCACAAGUAUUGUUGCUCAGAAUGAGAACGGAACGAUUUACCACGGUCGAAAUCUCGACUACGGUGUGACAUCUCUGCUGAGAAAAAUCACUAUCGUCGUUGAAUUUCAACGAAAACAGAAAACCAUUUAUAUGGGCACGACAUACGUUGGGUAUGUCGGUCUGAUGACUGGCCAGAAGCCAAAUGCAUUUACGGUUUCACUUGACGAGAGAGACAAGGGUACGAUUUGGAUGAACUUGCUCUCUUUUCUAUUGGAUGGUGGACAAUUUGCGAGCUUCCUGUUGAGAGAUACUUUGGCUGAAGAUGGGAUGACGUAUGCAAGAGCUCUAUCAAAGUUGGCAAACACGUCUGUUAUUGCACCUUCGUAUGUCAUAAUCGGAGGCAUUGGACCGGGUGAGGGGGCCGUCAUUACACGAGGAAGAGAUAAAGCUAUAGACGUGUGGCACUUGAAUGCGGCUGAUCAUCGGUGGUAUCUUCUUGAGACUAAUUACGAUCACUGGACUACGCCAUCGCCUUCAGACGACCGUCGUGAUCCUGGAAUAGCUUUGAUGAACAAAGUCGGUCAGGCUAACAUCUCACCAGCUGAACUAUUCAAAGUGCUGUCGACUGCCCCUGUGCUUAACAAUUCGACAACGUACACCACAAUUAUGUCUGCAGCACAUCCGGACAUAUACCAAGCUUGGAUCAGACACCCAUCAGUGGCAUGAUUGAUACUUUUAGGAAUUGAUUCAGUUGUGGGAAUGUGAUUUUGCUUGUUGAACUGGAAUGAGAUAUUGUUUGUUGUUUUUAGCAGGACACAAAUACUUGCAAAUGCAAACUGUGUAGUGCAAUUAUUCAGUAUGACAAUCUCUGAAACGAA